CACUAUAAGAUCUCGUUGGGUUGGGAAGGGCGAGAAAAGAACCUACGCACCCCGGCUCCGGAGAAAGGUGCAAGCGCUUGGCCCCUCCCCUCUUUCUCUGUUCCCGACCGACCUACGGCCCCCGGCUCCUGAGAAAGUUUUUGUUAUUUGCAACCAUGAGGACUCGAAACACCGACCCUACAAAAUCUGGGGGCGCCAAGAAGACGCCUCCGGCCAAGAAAGACGCUUCCGCCGAAAAAACACCGGAGUCCGCUCCCAAAUCGACGCCCAAAUCGGGAGCCAAGUCCGCCAGAGGCGCUGGCAAGCAGGCCGCAGCCAAGGCUGCAGCGGCCGCGGCCGCGGCCGCCGCCGCCUCCUCCCCCGCUGCGGCCGCCGCCUCCCCUGCCGCUGCGGCCGCGGCCGUCACGCCCGAUGCUAAGCCAGAACCCAAAGUUGAGGAAGUGGUGACUCCGGCCGAUGAGAAGAAGCUGGCUUUGACCGUGAAAUCUCCUCCGGAGAAGAAGCCCGGUGGAAAGGCCAAGUCGCCGCUGGGCGGGAAAGCUGCAGCAGCUGCUGCUAAGGUGGAGGAAGCACCCUCAGAGGUGGAGGAUGCUGUGGAAGAGUCAGCACCAUCAAAGGUGGAGGAUGCCAUGGAAGAGCCACAACCGAAAGCUGAAGAACAAGAUGUGAGUAAGGAGGAGGUGAAGGAGGAGGAGCCGAAGGUUGAUACUGUCCUGGAUGUUAACAAUGAGCUGGAGAGUUAUCCUGUUAAGAAUAACGAAGAAGAGGAAGAGGAAGAAGAAGAAGAAGAAGAAGAAGAAGAAGAAGAGGCUGCAGGGGACCAGCGGAUGGAGGAGGGGGAGCCAGAGUCUUUCCAAGAGCCGGGUGAAGAGGAGUUUGUGGGUGGGGAGGAGGAUGCAGCAGGGGGAGAAGGAGCUGAGGCAGUGAUGGUGGAAGAAGAGGAAGAAGGUGCCCAGGUGGAGGACGAGGAGCAGUUUGAGAUAUCAGACAUGGCUAAGAAGAGGAAGAUGAAGAAAGAGCAGGAGAUCUUCGUUGGGGGUCUUGACCGUGAUGCUGUGGAGGAUGACCUGAAGAAGGUAUUUGAGAAGGUUGGGGAGGUUGUUGAGGUCCGGCUCCACAAAGAUUUUUCUACCAACAAGAACAAAGGCUUUGCAUUCGUGAAGUUUGCCAACAAGGAGCAGGCUGCCAAGGCGCUCUUGGAACUGAAAAAUCCUUUUAUACGAGGCAAACGCUGCGGCAUUGCACCAAGUGAGGACAAUGACACACUAUUUUUAGGCAACAUCUGCAACACAUGGACAAAGGAAGCUAUUCGGAGAAAACUUAAGGAUUAUGGAGUUGAUGGAGUUGAGAAUAUCACUCUUGUUGCGGACACCCAAAACGAAGGUCUGAGCCGGGGAUUUGCCUUCCUUGAGUUUUCUUGCCAUGCGGAUGCGAUGCUUGCAUACAAGCGGCUCCAAAAGCCAGAUGUUAUUUUUGGCCACCCUGAGAGGACUGCCAAAGUUGCUUUUGCUGAGCCAUUACGUGAACCAGAUCCAGAAGUUAUGGCCCAGGUUAAAUCGGUGUUUGUUGAUGGGCUGCCACCAUAUUGGGAUGAGGAUCGUGUGAAAGAGCAAUUUAAAGGGUUUGGAGAGAUUGAGCGUGUUGUGCUAGCUCGGAAUAUGUCCACUGCCAAGAGGAAAGAUUUUGGAUUUGUAAACUUUACAAGUCAUGAAGAUGCUGUUGCUUGUGUUGAAGGUGUGAAUAACAUUGAGUUGGGUGAUGGCAAGUCCAAGAUGAAAGCAAGAGCUAGACUUGCCAAUCCAUUACCCAAAACUCAGGCUGUUAAGGGUGGAAUGAGUGGUGGGUUUCGCAUUGGACACACUGGCAUGGGGAUUUAUUCUAGGUUUGGUAGGGGAUUUGGUAGGGCCAGAUAUUUUUCACAUAGGGCAGGCUUUCAGGGUGGGAGGGGUUUUAAUUUUCGUGGACGUGGAAGAGGUGGAAGAUUUUCUUUUCCAGCUGAGGACAAUCUAGAAAUCCCACCUUCUGAAUUCCAUGGUAGGAGGCCAUUUGGAUUCCGGGGUGGUGGAAGGAUUUCGACAUCAGCAAGGCAUGGUGCUUUUGAUAGAGGUCGUGGAAGAGCCUUCCCAUCCAGGAGACCACCAUAUCGACCAGAGGAAGAGUUUGGUGCACCAUUUGGUGCUCGACACCUUGGUGAAGAUCCUUACUUUUAUGGAAACGUCGGGCAUGGAAUCAAGCGUCCAUUUUCAAUGAUGGAGCAUGAUCCUGGUUACUUGGAACCUGGGACUAGGAUACGCCCUCGUUUUGAUCAUCCUGAUCAAUUGGCUGGUGGGAGUCGUUAUCGAGAUUCGUUGGGAUUGGGUGGUCUAUAUUCGCAUGAUUAUUAUGGUUCAGAUUAUGGGAGUAGCACAUAUUCAUCUCUUUAUGGAGGCGAACGUUCUGGGGGUGGCUAUUAUUAUUAGAUGUAAUUUGCAAAUGCGGGUAUGAUGCUGCAGGCGGAAGCACUUUCUUGAUAAGAUGACGAUCUCAAGUUGUCCCUUUUAUCAUACAUUGAAUUGGUUGAACUUUAAGAACUUUCUUGACAACUAGGACUCCAAGUAUGGUUUGGUCUAGUUUAUUUUCCUUGGAGAAACUAUUUAGGCUUAUGUGAUUUGUAUGUGAGAUAGUGCUGGAUAGCCUAUUUUAUGAUGAAACCAAUUGGAAGUAGAGUAUCUGCGUUUUAAUUAACUUAUCAAAUGUGAGCUCUUGAAGUCGACUUGGAGAUAACAUCUAUGUUUGAAAUAAAGCAAUUUGCUCUUUGUUGGUGAUAUAUGUAUUUGAUUUGUUACUGGGAACCCUGGACAAAACAAAUGGGGAAACCGUUAAUUUCGGAAUUGCUGGUUGACUAAUAUGUUUAA